AUCCCUAGCGAUAGACAAGAUGGCCGCCUCCUGUGAUCAGAGAAAAACCGGCUUGAAAAUCUGGCCAAAAGUCAUCUUAUUCGGGGACUCAAUAACCCAGUAUGCCUUUAACGAUGGAGGAUGGGGUGCAGCACUACAAGAACUUCUACAAAGGAAAUGUGACAUCAUCUGCCGAGGUUUCUCUGGUUACAACACAACGUGGGCCAACAUGAUCCAACCACAGGUCAUCAACCAGGAGAACGCCUCUGAUGUCGUACUAGUCAUUAUAUUCUUUGGUGCUAACGACUCUUCCUUAAAAGAGGAGAACCCACAACAACAUGUACCACUGGAAAGCUACAAGAAGAACCUCAGGGACAUGGUCCACUACCUCCAGGGUCAGGGCAUCGGCCCCGAGAAGAUCAUCCUCAUCACCCCACCUCCACUGGACGAGGCUGAAUGGAGGAAGGUCUGUAAAGAAAAAGGUCUAAAGUUGAACAGGUUGAAUGCAGUGACUGGACAGUAUGCCAAGAUGUGCUGUGAGGUGGCUGUGGAGAAACAGACAUCCUGUGUAGACCUUUACACCUACAUGCAGAAUGAGAAGGACUGGCGUAAGUUUCUCUCGGACGGGCUCCAUCUCUCGAGGGAAGGGAGCCAGUUUCUCGCCCGGUGCCUUUCCCCCAUCGCUCAGGACAAGACAGACCACCUCCCAUUCAUCUUCCCUCACUGGGACAGUAUAGACACCAGCAACCCGGAGAAAUCCUUGUUAUACCGACACAACUAGGUCUUCUACUAACCCCCAUACUCCGUAUUAACCUCAGCAACUAACAUAGACAACAGGAUGGGUGCAAGUUUGGCUAUGGGAUCAGUGUCAAAUUGCUUCUUUUUUUAAGCUAAAACAUGGGUAUGUGAGUACGUAUAAGGGAGUCUAGUCAUGGGGAGAUUUUGUUUUCGGUGUAAAGUUGCUUGUUUGUUUGCGUUUUUUCCCCAUUAUAGUUACGUGAUUAACAGUAGAUUCACAGAAAAAGAGGCAGAAAAUGGUGUAACUGCAGAU